UGUAAACAUUCGAAAGCAGAGAAAACUACAACCACCACCACGGCCGUAAAGACGCCAGAAUAUUUCUUGUGCGUAGUUUUUAUAUUUAUAAUUUUGUGCUGCCUGCUUAUGCUGGCAAUUGUACAAACGAUUUUUCGACGGAUGAUGGCAAAGUAAAAAUCCAAAUUUGUUUCCCAACGUCAGUACGUCGAGAGCGUUCAGCGAGUACAAGUCAUUCGUUUAUAAACAGUCUGAUAGUGGAGAGUCGCAUUGCGUUUGCUGUGCAUUUGUACGUAGAAUUUCGGACGUACGUACUGUAAAAAUAACAAUAACUGUAUAAAAAGUGUAAUUAAACCCUCAAAUUUGUGUUCUGUGAUAAAUUUUUUAACAAAAUUUGGUUUAAAAGAACACAAAAGUGUUUGGAAAAGCUCGCUGCUAUAUAAGCAAAUCAUUGAGGCAACGAGUAAACUUUUGACAUUUCGUGUUGUUGCUUUGGUGGAGAGUAGCGCACAUACAUAAGAGCGUAUAAAAGAGACAAAGUGGAGCUGCUGUGCAAGUUGUACCAUGAGACCUGCAAGUGGGGGCGAUGUAUUGAAAAAGUACAUAUAGUAAAAUUUAAAUUUUUAUAAGUGCUAGAAAGGUGGAAAACUUGUGCGUGUCAAGUAAACAAUUUGCAUGAAAAAGUGCAUUGUAUCAUAAAUUAUAUUGGAACUCCCAGUACCAGUUAUCGCCAGUGGGCGCAGGUUAGGUGGAGCAGGCUGCUACGAAACUGUACCCCAAAGUGAUUCGCACCACUCGAAUGUACUAGUGCUAGUGUGGACGAAUUAUCGCAUAUAAAAAGCAAAAGUGGGGAAAUUAAUAAGUUUUGGCGCGAAAACUUUUGACAAGUGCCAAGUCUUUUGGCAUUGGAGACCGAAGAUCCAGCAACAAGUCAACGUGAUUGAGGGAAUUGAUGAAAAACACUGGUCGCGUAAAACAACGCAAUUGGCAAAGUGUAUAGCAGGAAAAUUUUUAUUUUAUUUUGCUUCGCUUUGCAUAAUUGAACAAAAAAUAAUAAAGAAAAAACGCGUUAACUUCAAGGUUAAGUGUUGUUGCAAGCAAUUUGUUGGCAUAACACAAUAAGUAAUCACUUCACAUAAAAAAAGCAAAGCAAUUUAAUUGCAAAAGACCGAAAGUAUAUACAUAGUGUAUGCUGAAACUAUAGGUUAUUAAAAGUGCAAUUAACAGAAUUUUAUCAACGCCUUCAUCCUACCUUGCAUUCGUGUGUCAAGCAAAUUUUGUAAAGUACAUUAAGUGAUGACUGCGGCGCGUGUCCUUAAUCCAGUAAUAUUAACAGAAUUUUGUAAACUGCGCGCCAGUCCAAGCACAAUGGGACGUAAUGUGACUUGCAAUCGUCAGUUGAAUCGCAUCAAGCGUGAUCUCUUUGGACCAGCAAACCCGGUGGAAACACAAAAAACAUUCGCCGAGGAAUUGGAUAAACAUCAGGAGCACGCUAUCAAAAAAUGGGGCUUCGAUUUUCGCAACGGAUCACCGCUUACCACUAAUACCCAAUUCGUUUGGGAGCGCAUCUCCUAUCAGGAAUCCACAUUUGCACCCGAAGUCUAUACGCUAACACGUGCCGCACAUGUACGUCCAGCACCAGUGGUACCAUGUAGCGCCGAUUUGCUAAUGGAUGAGCGGGCAGAACGUGAAAAUUAUAUGAUCAACACGUCCAUAUCGACCGAUACAGAUUCCUGCGGCGAUUAUGACUCACAGGAUGAGUCGCUGGUGUUCAAAGUACCCGACGCAGAGCGAUGUGGUGGUAGUGGUAAAAAGCGUGCGCAUGAUGGUAGUGCUGCUGGCAGAUCGCCAUUGCGCAAGCGUCAACCGAAAAUUACAGAAUACAUGAAGGAGCGCAAACGCCUUGCCCAGACGCCGAAAAAGGUCUCACCCGCCAAGCGUGCACGAACCAGCUCGGGCAGCAGCAGCAGCCAUAGCCAUAGCACACAUGCGUAUAGCAUUAGCGCGCAUUUUUCGCUGCAGCGAAAUUUACAGCGCAAUAAUUAAUGCGGCAUUGUUGCAAAUUUCAACACUAAAAACAUUUAUAAAUUGUAGUUAGUAUAUGAUUAACUAUAUAUGUACAUGCAUACAUACAAAUGUGUAUAACUAGUUUUAGUCUAUAGCGGUAGCAUUAGUUACUUGCAUACAAAUAAUUAUAUAUAUUUUAGUAUAUACAUAUUUAGUUGCGUAAGAUUUUUUUUUUGCAAUUUUGGAACUAUUUGCAAAUGCCAUAAUUCGUAAGUGAGCAAUUGUUGAACAUAAAAAAUUGCAAUUUAAGAACUUGAAAAAACUGGCUUAGCAAAUCUUGUUUGCUAUUUUAAAAUUUUCCUUUAACUUAACUAUUAAUGCUCAGAAACCCACAACAAGAAACUAACUCCACAACUAAAAACCAAUAGUUUAUUUUAAACAUUGAACUAUAAAUUUAAUUGAAAUAUUAUCUAUGAUUUUCAACAAUUGUAGGACGAACAAAAAUCGAAGCACACAUAGUACUAACUAAAUUUUAUACUGAAAAAAAUCGAAAUUAUUUACAACUAAGCGAGAUCCACAUAAGCCUUGAAUAACUGAAAACCCCGAAAGUCAAAAAAUAUAUUGCCUUCCAAUUUUGACAGUUCAGUCAAAGUUUUCAGUCUUACGGGGAUUUCGAGGCUUUUUUCAGUUUAAGCGAUUACCUCUAUUGUAAGUUGUACUAAAGUGCUGGACCCAUUUAGAAGAAAAAACAACAAAUCAUCGUAACUAAAUUAACAGUCAGACACAAAAAAAUAACCACUUGCAUUCUUAUAGAAAGAACACUGAAUAUUUACAUGCAUACGCAUACACUUUAUUAGUUAAGAAUUUUUGUAAACAUA